AUGAGAGUCGCCCUGCUGUUGAUCGGCGCACUGGUGCGCCCGCUCGGGGGGCUAUGGCCUUUCGCUGUGGGUAGCGAAAACCAAACGUGCGACAAAGGAGGAGCAGGUUCGUGCCCUACAGAAGGGCACGAGCCUUACAGUACCCGUGGCUCGGAACCGAGCCCGGGAGCAUCGUACUGGUGGUUCGACUGGUCCUGGGAAGGCUCCACUGAACCGAAAGCCAGCACGCCCCAAGCCGAAGACGCCCAUUCUCGUCGCUGGUACUUCCGGAUUUUGGCCGGAGUAUUGUGGGAGAUAUGGGAAGGGGGGUUGACCUGGUGCGGCACCCUGUGUGCCUCCAUUGGGCUCGCUGCAAGGUGGACCUAUUGGCUGGCCACCACUACCAUCCUGCUGGGUAUGUUACAACUUACCUAUUGGACCUAUGCGUGGGUCGUCAGGCCCAUCUUCGUCGUCAUUGGAGCACUGCUCCAGUACGUGGCGGGCCGAGGGACCUGGGAGGCCGUGCUGAGGGGGCACGGCGAAAACCCAUAUCACGUCAGAUGGACAGGACCCCAAGGUGAGCAUCCCUGGUCGGUCACCUACGUUCAAGAUCAAGUAAGAGGGAGAGGUGAACAACAGCUCCCAUAUGAUCUUCUGGUAACCGACGGGGUAGCUGUGGCCCGCUUACGGCAUGGAGCCGUACGGGGUCGCACCAACCGCCAUGGGUUUCUUUGCAGGUGUGACAGCGUACACGGGGCGUCCCACCGCUACUGGAGAAGGUGUUUGGAGCGAGCGCAGUGUGUUGUUCACCUGUGCUCGGUAGAACCAUGCACUUCGCCUGAAGCAGCAGAGCUACAUAUCACGGCCAGUAGUGUGGUCCCCCAGAGCUGCGUGGACGUCGACCUGAACGAACUGUCAGGCCGAGGACCUAUGUGUCGGGCCCUCAACGCGUCCAAGUUUAUGGCCCUACAAGGGGUCACGGGACUUUGGAGCACCGGACGCGCAUGUGGGCGUUGGAUCACCUCUUGGUGCUGUUGCGGCGGAGCGAAGCACUCGAGGCGCGCUCCGCGCCCGGGUGAGGAAGAAGGGCGCACUCCGCGCCACGAUUUGUCAGAGACCGAAUCGGAGGAAGAAGACAACCCGUGCCAGGCCGAUGCGAUCGCCUGGAAAGAGGGCACGCAGACGAAAAGGCUCAGCAAAGAGCGCUGCAAAGACGCCGCGUGUUCGUGGGUCAGGCUUCUCAACGAUGACGGCAUGCAAAGUAGUAGUGGUGAACUGCAUUGGGAUGGACUUCAAGCCAGCUGCCAGUUAUGCGCCCGCCACCAGGAGAGCUACGACCUUUCAAAGACCAGAAGAGCUUGCUCAGUCGAGGGCUGUGGGAAGGUCGCCCAGACGGUGAAGGGAGGGGUCAAACUUUGCAGACUGCACGCCAGCAAGGAAGAACGAGGCCCAACCCCCAAGCAGGGGAAUUUCGCUUCUCGGUCCCGUGGUCCUCAGGAAGCCAGAAAGAGGUCCAUCAGCCGUGGCGCGGAGCGCGCCCGGCCGCAUUCGCAGGAUGCCACACCCAAGCGCGGAACGCGGACUGAGGCUGCUGAACUCCGAGGGAUUUCCUCCCCCCCGCGUUUGGAUGGAGCCACCUCAGUUGCCCACUUUCCCGGAGCUGACGCUUCGGUCGAGGAUCAGGUACUCACGGGGUUGACCUGGGAAGAGAUCGCGGGGAUACCGGAUGAAGAUCUUCGAAAAAGGGCCAUAUUUCUCAAGCAAAGAGGCGCGACGCCCGGCCCAACUUCAGGUGGACCGGACAGGAGCGCCUCCAGAACCGAUGCACCAGACGACAGCCAGGCCCUGUUCGCGUAUAUGGAAGCGAGACUCCAGGGGAAGGGGCACGACUCAGCUGUCGAGGUGUCCGAGGUGGACGGCAGGACUCCGUCCGAGAGACAGAGGCGUCUCCGGGAACUGGCACGGAGGCAUUGCAUACGAAUUACCAGCGAACUACCGGCCGAGGCCAGCAAAUUCAUUUGGGAACUAGCCCAACCGCAGGUCUCGACAGACGGGCAGCCAGGAGGAGGUUUCUACCCGUGGACCGCUUCGGACCCGGGUCCUCCUUCUCACCACCAGAGCAGGACAAGUCCGUGGGCUGCUCCAGCCCCGGAACGUCCGUGGGCAGCCCAGGGCUCGGAUCAUCGGCCAACCGCUCAGGCAUUGUUCAGGCAAAACCCCGGAGCAGGGGGAGCUGGGGGCAGAACUGAUGCGGUAGAUGCGCUGGCCCAGGCCACCAGGGCUUUCCGAGCAGGAGCCUUCACGGAUGCAGAGGCACCCGCAGCAGACGAGACGACUAAAGCCCUCCAGGCGAUAGCCAAAAGCCUGACCUCCAAGGAAGACGCCCUCGCACAGGAGCGAGGUAAACUGGCAUCAAUUGGGCGAUUGGAGGAGAGGCUUGUGUUUUUGCUCCGGGGCUGCGACUCCCUGAGUGUCACUCUCUGCCCUGGCGUGGUAGGGAAAGAACUCUUUCAUGCGCUUCGCAUCGCAGGGACGCAAGCGAGACCUCAGUUGCGGAAGAUCGAGUUCCCCUGCAACAUUCAAAACCGGCACAGCUAUGGAUUUGCGGCCCUGCAGCUGGGAGGGAAAACGCUCAACACGCUGCCGGAGUACUGCCUAUCGGCCGGAGAUUUUCCACUCACCUCGGAGGAAGAUUUCGACAACUACGGGGGCUCACCUGACCUCAAACUCGAACGUAAAGGUCGGUACCCUAACACGCUGACCUCAUGGUUCAGAGCCGCCCUCCGCCAGUCUUGGGCCUUCUCCUGUCUCUUUGGAGAGGAAUAUUACCCCGUGCUCGAAAAGGCCGCUUCACAUCUGUUGCGCUUAGGGGAACAACAUGGCUAUGCCUGGCCAGCGUCCGCAGUCUACGGUGCAUGGGAAGAACUUUGGGCCCGUUUUUGCGAAGAAGCACGGGAGUUGGAUCGUCGCAUUCGCAGAGCCAUGCAAGACGAGACUCCUACCUUCGCCCGACUCAAGUUCUUCGCCCUGUCCCCUGGUCCAGACGGGCAGCCCUGGCUCCAACUGCCGGGUACCUUUCGCCUUGACGACGAUACCCAAUACUUCUGCACCGAUAUGUUGCCGCGCAUGCAGCGCCAACUCUCUCGAGCGUGUUGGGCCGGCGCACAGAAGAAGGGCAACACCGGGGGUCGGGCUGCUGGAGAAGGGGAUGCCACCGAGGCUCGAACCGAGCCCGGUGCGGCGGAUAAAGCCGCCCCACCAAAACUUCUCGGUCCCAGCCUCACGCCCAAGGAAGCGGCCGCUCCUAAGUGGACGACCCUGGACUACACGGUCCAGCUCCAGUUGCUGCGCCGAGGGGGCCUUAAGGGCUCUAAGGCCAAGACAGGGGACGAAGUCGACCGUGAGUUCACCCGAGUACGGGCGGAGCAAGCUGCGAAAGCCGCCGCUGCUAAGCAGGAAGGUAUCGCAGCUGCUAAGGCCAAGGCUUCUACCACACAGAGGACCACUCCAGCUGCGGGCACGGGCAACACUGACCGCACCUCUCGAGCGGGAGAACGAGUACCCGAACAGACAGGACAUGUUGUGGCAGAUUUGGAUAAUGUCCUGCCCACCGACCGUGAAGAAACCCUGGGCGCACUUCUCAAAGACGAAGGCAGCAACUGGUGGCGCGACGUCGAUGCCGACGCCGCUACUCUUACCUGCCCUAGCUCAAAAUUUGAGAAGUCGGCGCGAGCGGACGCGGCUGAACCCGCCCUGGGGCCUUAUCCCACUGGACUGGUGGGUGUCUACCUGCGCAAUCGCCUUCUACGCCUCCGCGAGGAAACGGGUCGUGCCCCCGAGCUUGAGGAUGUUACGCACCUGUUGGAGGAAGCUGUCUCCCUGGGUGGCCCAGAGCUGUCUGAAGAAGCCGCCCGCCUCCUUGAGGAACGCGGCAUCCACCGCAAGGCCGGCGAGUCCCCCCUGGUGCAGCUUUCAGGUCUUACAUGGAAUUCCACCAUCGGGGCCGGAACGCUCACCUGGAAGGGCGUCGGUCACUGGGCCAUGUACGACUACCAAGACCAGCUUCCCCUCUCUUCUGAGGCAUGCGAACAGAUGGGAUUUGCCGCCGCCUACGACGAGCCUAAGCAGUGUUUGUUGCUGCACGUCGCCGCCGCUUACCUCGCCACACCGGACCAGCCUCUCCCCACACCCGAGGCGGUUUGGGCUCUCGCCUCCGAGUGGAGAGUCCGGUGGUGCUCGCAGGCACGAGUCGCCGAGGACUCUCUGGGGCCAACGCCCGAACGGCUCACGCAGGCCGAAGCGGAUGUCCGAGUGUUCCACCACGACCUUCUCCAUUUUGGGCACGACCGCGACUACCGCACUUUGGUUGCCCACCCUUUGGAGGAGUGGGAGUGCCUGGGCUUGGCCGUCCUGCGCCUCGACGCUUAUAUGCGGCCCAGCGUCGAGGUUGUCUGUGGCCGCCGCUAUAGCGGUAAAGCUGAGGACACCCGGUGGGUGCUGGUGCACCGUGGCCACAUGCGUUUGCUGGUUCCCGACGAGUCCUGCUUGCCGCCCUUGGGGAGCCGCGAGCUCGAGGCCGCUGGCUGGGAGGCGUACCUUGAGGAGGCGGAGGGCUCUCCGCUUCUCGACGCGGGGCGUCUCCUGCAGUGCCAGGUCUGCCACCCCAAGCGGGCGCCCGGAUCGUUUCGGACAGGGCGUGAAGCCGGGGCGUUUGGGUUACAGGUUUUGCGCGCCGGUCGGGGCCACUCUGUCGAGGCCCGUUCCGGGCCCGACAAGCACACAGCUGCUCCCGCUAUUUCGACCAAGUCCGUCGACUGGCCGCUGCUCUCCUGUCUGCCCCCCGCAGGCCAGCCCCUCCCGCUGCUGGUGUUGGGGCCUUCCACCGCACACGCCGCCUCCGAUUGUGCCUGGGGCCCUUUGCCAGACGCCGCUGCCGCUGCCGCCGCUCUGACAUACAUUACCGAAGGAGGCGUCUCUUGCCUCUGGCUACUCCCCGCCGCGCUGCCGCCGGGUCCGCCUGCCGAUGAGUGGUCUUCUGUUUUGCGGCUGGCCGCCGCGCAGUUGCAAACCGGUGGGCGCUGCGUGCUCGAGGCUCCCCUCUACCGGCGGGCUUGGACCGACAAGGCCACACGCAUCCAACUUGCCGGCGCGUGUUGGCAUGCCGAACGCCUGCCCAGCCCCUUGUUGGGCCCGGCCGGCGGAGUUACUAUGUUGCGCGCGUCUUUCUGCGUGCCCCCUGACCUCGCCGCGCUUUGUAGUACCGGGGGGGGGGAGGAGGAUUUUGCUUCCAAAAUGCAAAGGCUGAAGACCGUUCUUGAUAACCCUGCGGGGGAGGCUGAGCGAAAAAGCCAAGAAGCUGACCUCUCUGAGGGAACAGGUGACUCCGUCAGGUGCGGAAAGCUGUUCGCUGACUCCGGCCCGCUCCUGGGGCCUCCGCCGUCCUGGCUGCCUAAGAGCCUCUCCAAAGAAGCAGAAGAGGCGGCGGAGGCCUACCUGCAGAAGGUGCACCAGGUUGAGUACUCUUUGGAAGCGUGGAAUGGUGCCGUGCAAGCGGGAACGACCCUCCUCAGGCUUUGUGGAGGAUGGAAGGAGACGGAGGGAGCGCUGCGCUACGCGUGGAGGGCUCGGGGAGAAGAUCACUUCGCAGGGCUCUUUGAUCACCACCUCGACAGUCACCUUCCGGAGGAUCUCCUUGCGUGGGUUAGAAGAGUUGCCCAGGAAGGGGUAAAGGCCGAGUACCGUGGCACGCAGCGUGCCCGGGUUAAGGCCACCCCACAUCCCUCCCUUCAGGAUCAUGUGGAAGAAGCUCGGCAACUAAUCUGGCAGGACGACCAUUUUCCAGCCAUCCAACCCAGAUACGCAGAGGUAGUAAGGCUGGUGAUGUGGUGCAAGAGCCGGUACCCCGGCGUCCGCAUCCUUUUGGCGAAGAAAGACGUCUCGGAAGCCUUUAAGUGGCUUUGGGUCGAACAGGACGACUGCAGGCUUUUCGGAGCGGAUCUCCCCCCUGUAGGGACUACCCGGGACAGCCGUGGCGACGCUUCGCGCCCGGUUACGGUCUUGUACCUCGCUAUGACGUUCGGAUGGACUGGGGCCCCAGGAGAGUUCAUGGCUUUCGCAUGGGCGAUUAAGUUGCUCCACAGAGCAUGCGGGCCCGACCGGCCUGAGUGGCACGACUCGUCCUCCUUCCGGUCGCUCGCUUUAAUGGACGACUCGGUUGUGAUCGAGCCCGACUUGGGCCUACGCCCUCAGCUGUCGGUCGACGCUUUGGAAGAAGCGAUCCGACAGACUUUGGGGCCACUCGCCAUCAAUGUGGCCAAAGACGUCGAAGAGGGGACCCUCACCACGAGAAAAUUGAUUUGGGGCCUAGAGUUCGAUACAGAAGCUGGGACCUGUCGGCUCCCACCUCUCAAGGUCGAACGAGCCUACCACGUCCUCCAGUCCCCGUUCUUCGACGCCGGCCAGACCAAGGUACCGCUCAAAGAAGUCCAGGUGCUACGGGGCUCUCAACAGUUCUGGCUAGGGGUCCUCCCGCAGCUCGCCCCUUACCUCCAGAGCACUAAUGCGCUCUUGGGACCCGCCGACCGAGAAGGCCAUGUCGUCCUACGCGGGAAUGAGGCAGACCAGUCCGCGCAGUGGGAAGCAUUCUGGAGCGCCAUCGAGCUUCAAAGGCUGUUGGUCGGUUCACGGCAAUUUUGGGAAGCGCGCUUCGUCUCGCAGCUCGAGCACGCACUCACCACGCCUGAACUCUUGGCCCUACCAGAGGUCAAGCGCAAUCUGGUCUGGGUGUCAGCUGACGCCACGCCCACCCGGCUGGGAGCGAUCGACUGGACCGCCAGGGUCGCAGUUGCUUGCGCCGCAGCUCCCCUCUUAUCGCCUCUUGAAGCCAAUGCCCAGGAUCCCACCGACCUCGAGGCUCGUACCAAGCCCGAGGAGGACUUGGUGCAAAUAGGCGUCGCGGAAUUACUGGCCUUGCUCGUGUUAGUAGUCGCCAGAAAGGAAGCCUGGGCAGGCAGCGUGAUUCUGUACUUGGGGGACAACACCAAUGUGCAAGAUUGGCUGCGCAAGCGGCAAGCCGGGAAUGCGCAAGCCAACCACCUCCUGAAAGUCUUGGGAGCGCUAGAGGGGGUCCAUGGCCUACAGGUGAGGGGGGCUUACCUUCGCACUUACCACAACCAAACCGCCGACGACCUGACCCGGCUUGACCCCGACAAAGUCAUCGAGCAACAGGGGCUGACUCGCCUCAGUGUUCCAGACGAUUGGGGUCGAGUGCUGGAAGAAGCUUGGCACCGCAGAGCCCUCUUGUGGGUAGGCCAACCAGAUUCCGAUCGGCAGAUGGCCCUGCAGCUCGCCACGCGGAGGAUUGGACCGGCCCCUCCACGGGCCAUGCCCGCGUUCGGUUGGAAGGUGCACGAGCUCGGUGCUUCAGAGCACGGCGUGUACACCCGAGCUUUCUUUGCCGCCGGAGGCUUGAAGCACGACCCCCAAGACUCCUUAGCCUCUUUGGAAGGAGCACCCGCCGUGGAGCGUUUCGCUCCCGGUGAAAAGGAAAACCCGACGCAGGCCGCGAGCAUCUGGAUAGACUCUUUCCGACCACUCGCGGUCGAAGCAAUUUGCACGGAAGAUGCCCGGAACCGCUGGGAAUGGUGGACGGAGGAGUUCACCGGCCGCACCUUUAAAGAGCAGGUGUGGUGGCACCGCUGGGUGCUGGUUGGUGUAAACCCUGGUGUAGGACAGGAAGCACGUGCUGCGACGGAUGAAAAAAGGGCUGCUCUCGAGCCCUGCACGCCACCCCUGCACACGUACGCUACCCACUGGUUGGACCCCAAACCCAAGGCUGGCUGGGUUGAAGGGACGGUGCACCUUGACCCCACUUUCCCCUUUCUUGGGUUGAAGUCCCCCAAACCCUGUGGGACGGUUCGUACCCAGAAGGGGUCGCGCGCGCUUGUUUGGGACCCCACCAAGCCCAUGCCCCCUUUGCACGAUGGCUCCUGGGACCCCGGUCGAAGGGAUGCGCUGCAUUUGUUGAGCCAUGGGGAACAAGGAGUACAGGUCAGGGUGAUCGGGGCCCGGGAGGUCUAUAAGCUUCUCGGAGGAAGGGGCUGGGACGCCACAGAUGACGAUGAGAGCGACGCGCGUCUUGCCCUGCAUGCCCCACCUUACGCCCUGGCAGCUUUCGCUGCCGAGUUUGUAGGCUCCCUCCCCCCUGACGCGUCGACCGACCGCAGCCGUUUCAGCUCUGAGGGGGGCGGUGCGCUCCCUAGUGUAGGCAAGGCAGGAGCUUGUGAGCUCCCGUGGGAGGACGACGCAGAGGCCCUGGUGCGCCUGUGGCUUGGAGGAAAACUCGAGGGUAGGUCCACGACCCGCUGCUCCGGUAUGGGUGGCAAAGGCAACCAGAAAGGAAAGGGAGCCCACAAAGGGCGCAGAGACCAGGAGAAGCUGGAGCGUCUCCGUGGCUCGUUUCGAGCCCGGAGUGACGCUGACCGGCGAAGACUGGUCAAGAUCCUCAGACACGAGGCUGCCCUCCUGGGUCUUCCGAUCCGCGAAGACGGAUGGGUCUCGUUGAAGGACAUCAACGAGUGCGUCGGAACCAUAUCCGGCGAAGAUGCCGCCCGAAUCAUUGGGCGAGACGAGAAAGAUAGGCUAAUUCUUUCUCAAGAGGGUGAAGAAGUGUGGGUGGCGGCCGUGUCAGGUCACACCAUAGCAGGGGUUGUGGGGCCUGGCCGAGAGCUGCCCCUACAGGAGGUCCCAGAGGUGCUUGUGCACGGCUCCUACGCGCGGCACAGCAACAACAUCCUCAAGGAAGGAUUGCACGCGCGUAGAGCGAUCCACCUCCUCUCCUGUGGGUCCAAACACGGCAGGUGGAGGUCGGACAUCGAAACCUCCGUGUUUGUUCUCGCCCGAGAAGCCGCUCGGUACGCCCAGGUUCGGUUCCUUCUUACCACCAAUGACAUCUACCUGGCGCCGGACGGAAUACCUCCCGAGUAUAUCUCGCAGAUCGAAUCCUGGCGGAAAGGACCGGUUCCCUUCCCACCGCGGGCAGCGGGGUCUUCCGUGGGGCGGUCCGCUCCCGGAACGGCUGCCGGCCCGCGCCGGGAAGGAGCUGCGAAAACCGCGGCCGAAAAAGCCCAGCAGAGAGCUGAGGCUGUGGCCGAGCACAAGGAGGCCGCACGCUUUACCGAAAGGCAGGAGGCCAGGCGUAAGUUGGCGUCGGCCGCACCCCGGGGCACAGUGGGCGUGGAGUUGCAGAGAGCUCUGGACUCCGACUGUGAGUCCUGUUCGGACCGCAGGGAGCAGUCCACCCUGAGCGCAGCAGCGUACGCCACGCAGCGCCUGCGAGCCAUGGAGGUGCGUCCUCCACCGGAGCCUGUCGUUCUUAGGCCACGCCUCCAACCUGGCACCCCGGCGCGAGGCAGUGAACGAGGAGCACUGGGGUCAACCGACAAUGUGGUAGCGACCUUGGAGCGCCCCGAGCCAGAGCUGGGGGACGAGGAGAUGGAGCUGAUAGAAGUCGCCGAGCAGAGGAACUCAGACCAGUACCCUCCCGAGGGCAGCCCCAAGAGUGAUGAGCCGAUGUCUUCCGUGGAGCGUUCCGCUCCCGGAAUAGCAGAGGCCACGCUCGAGGGUCUGAGCGCCCCAGGGGCAGCAGCCCAAGAAGCAGCACUGAAGGAAGAGCAAGCUGCGCCAGGGGAAAGCGCCUCUACGUCCGCCGAGGCACGUUUCGCGCCCGGCGAAGGCGAAACACAGGCGAUCUGGGGCCCAAAGGUUGAAGAAGGAGGUCCCUUGCAGCCUCUUGUGGACGCCGCCCAGGCGUUGGGGGAGGUGGCUCUUGCAGAGCCAGAGGCCAUCGCGCUGAAGGUCGACCCGGACACGUUGACGGCGGAAAUCGGUAAGAUGUCGUUGGAAGAUGAAGACCCGGAUUGGUCUGGCGACGAGGCCGAAAUUCCGGUAGCAACUGCCUUGCCGGGAGAGGCUGCGUCCAGCUCCACCAAACAAGAGGAGGGCAUGGGAACCAAGAAGGAACUCGAGCUCGACGAGACGGAGGAACCCCCACGCCGCCGCAAAGUGGUGUUGGCUACCGGCCAGUUGUCGCUUCUCCGGGCCCUGGCCGCUGCCAAUGCGUCCAACUGGUCCGGGGUUCAGCGUGCUCUCAGAGAAGCCCAGGGGUCGGGCGAGGAGAAGAGCGAGCUUGUGGAGAACCUUACGUCUCUGGCGCAAGCGUUCUCCAAGAACCGCGACGCCUGUGCGCAGGCGGCAACCUCGAGGGCGGCAGCCCUCGCAGAGCUCGAGGGCGCAGAAGCCGCCUACUUCGCGGCGCUCCCCCCGGCCUUGGCAGAACUGGAGCGCAAAAACCCAGUGAGGCCCAGCAUGGAUAAAAGCCUCGGGUGGAUCAACCACGCACGCUUCCUGCAGGACAAGGAAGCCGCCGGAGUGUGGGUGGCACGCAGAAAGGAGAAAUCCCGCUUGCGAGCUGCUGCACACCGAGCGGCUCAGCAGUCUGCUGAAGGCGUCGGCGCAGGGGCGCAAGACCCGGUCCGCGACCAGGCGGACGCAGCCAGCCACCUCAACUUUCAAAUGAACGAGGCGGCAAGGGACAACCUGCGGCGCUUCCAGGCUGAGCUGCGAGCUGGGGAGCUAGACGCCCCGAUGCGAGCCGCAGUAGCUCAGAAGCGCAAGCCUGAGUCCGAGCGUAGGCGACGCAUCAAAUGGGAAGGCCAUGCCGUGGCCCGCUUCGGGCCCGGCAGGUGCCCCACGGAGGCCCGGGCAUGGCCAGAGGAGGAAUCGGAAGAGCCGGGCGUACCGACCCCGACUGGGAAGGGACCCAUCGCCAAGCGGCGUCCGGUUACGCCGCACAUGUUGGCAAGGGCCCAAGCGGCGCUGCCACAAGGGCUGUGGGGAAGGCGGCUCAACUGUGCUUUGCAACUCGGUUUCUUUUUUCUCCUGCGAGUUUCGGAACUGGUCGGUGGCAAUAACCCAAAGCUUGGGCUCCGUUUCAAAGAUGUCAAGCUGUAUAGCCGUGGCGAGUUCCUCGCCCGGCCGCCCUUCAGCGGGGCAGAUGAGGUGCAGAUCGUUGUGAGAGCCUCAAAGACGGAUCCCGAAGGGGAAUCCGCCACGAGGAACUUGUUUCGCAGCGAUGCAGCCGUCUGCCCUGUGUUGGCGACCAUAGAGUUUCUGGAACUCAAAUGGUCAGAAGCCACACCGCAUCCGGAGGAAAGAUUCUUUGGAGAUCUUACAAGGCAGGACAUCCAGACGGCACUGCAAACUGUGGAACUCGGACGCAUUUUUAGCCUACCUUUGGACGUCUAG